AUGCAUUUUGUCUAUUCUUAUAUAGAAUUACUAAAAAAGUUAUUUGCAUCUAAUCAUGAAAAAGAAGAAACUUAUGAGACAUAUCUUAAAUUAAUAUAUGGGCAACAAGAUGAAAAUAAUGAUGAUAAGUUAAAAGAAGAAUCUGAAAGUUCAACAAGUAAGAAAGAUGAAAUGCUAUCUG